CCAUGCCGCCAGUCGUGGGAUUCCCCAUUUUUUAUUUUUGAUAGUGAAGAAAGAACACCCUUUGACGAUCCCCCCGUUCUAGGCAAACGCACGUGCACGUGGUAUUCAGUUAUAACCGUCAGUUUUUACCAGGGCGUACCGGACUCGACGUUAAUUUAUUUAAAAACGUUUAAAGUUGAAAUUAAAAAAACCUUUAAAGAUGAUUGCCGAAUCGACGGAGGUAGAUUCCUAUCGAAUCGUUGAAUUCUGUGGUGAACGUAAUAAGAAAGGGCAAAAAGUGCUUGAAAUUGUGGCUGUGAAGUGGAUGCAUCAAGAGGAUGAAAAUGCAAAACGUGGCGUGUGCUAUUUCCCUCCGGAGAACGAGUAUGAAAACUUAGAAAAACUUCUGAGAUCUCAUACUAAUCCAAAAAAGACAUGGGAGAAAUUUGAUGUGGAGAUUUUGACUUCUGCCGGUAAUUAUGAAAAAGCUCAGAGAAGACUCAAACGUUUAUAUAAAAAACAUUCAGAUGUUGAAUCAAAUACGUCUGAUUGUGAUGAAACUCAACAAAUAAUAAUUUCGAAGAAACGUGCUGCAAGGAUGUUAAAAAAAUACACUUCAUUAAGACCAAUAGCUGAAGCUAAGGAAGACGAAAGUGACAGUGCAGUGAUGAACACCUCGUCUCAGUUCAAUAUGUGCACUGCAGUACAACCACGUGCUGAUCCAGAAACAACCAUUUCUACAGGUCGUUCUCAGGGACUGCCUCAAACGAAAGUAGAGAGGAAACUUGAAUUGCAAAAACAAAUGCAAUCACUACGUGAUAAAGGAAAAAAUGAUCCGUUAAAAGUGUUCUUCAUGAACUAUUUAGAUGUCAAAAGUGAAUUAUUGGUAGUCCAGCUGCAAGACCACAUCCAAAAUAUGAGGCGAGCCCAGCAAUAUGAUUUGAAUAAUAAAACUGAGGAUCUAAAAGAAUCACUUUCAUGUCUAUCAUCCCAGAACAGUACUGACCCUUCGGCAACAACUCAAUUGGGUGUCGUAAUUCCUAUCACCACUUUAGAGGAUUUCGAAAUGUUUGAAGAAAUGUUAGAUCCCAAGGCUGAGAGGAAUAUUGCAACCCCUGAUUCAGCAUUGGAAAAACAAGAAAUUCUGAAGCGAGUGAUGAAAAUUUUGGCACAAGGGACUCAGAAAUGGGAGAAGACAGUAAAUGCAAUUUUGCUGGGAUUGAUAAAGAAGGAUGUGCAACAGCAUUAUAGUGGUUUGGGUCGUAAGGUACAUGGGGUUGGAAAGAGAAAUUUUAGCGCCACUCUAUCAUUUUCUUGCAUGAAAGACGUAGUUGAGCAGAUUUAUGAAGGAAAGCCUGAGAAAUUAAACAUCCUAUCAGCAACUAGUUCGUUUUUGGCACUUUGGCGUGAUCGGGAAGGAGGAUGUGCUGAGCGCCGCAGAGCUGCACGAAAGGGUCCUACAACUGCCACUUUUUCCAGAUUGCGCACGCAUUCUCUUUCUGGCUUAUGUUUUGAGAUAUUUAAACUAAAAAGUGGUGGGGAAGGGCUGGAAAACGUCGUGACGCAGUCAACUGUUGCCAGCCACUCCCGCAAAAAAUGA